AUUUCUAAAGGUCUAAUUUUGCUAAACUUUAUUUUGGUGCAUCAUUUUUUUUUCUCUCUCAUCAACUUCUCCCCCAAUCAUAGAUAGACAGACAGAGAGAGAAAAUUAGAGAAAAUAGAGAGGAGAGAGAAGGGAAAAGGAUGCUUCCACUAUUCUCCUCUUCCCUCUCUGAAUUUUGAACAAUUAGAGAAAGAGAGAGAGAGAGUUAAAAAUAAAAAUUACUCACAAGAAGUCAUUGAUAAUUUCUUCCACUCAGAAACCAAGAAAACGUUUUAUGUUGUUUUCUGGCUUCACUUCUCCACGUGUUGAAGAUUAAAUGUUUCUGUAGAACUUCAAUAAACUGUCUUUUUUUCUUCUUCUUCUGUUCUAUUUCUCUCUCUUCCAAAUCCAGUAAUUUUUUUUAAAAAUUUUAUAAAAAUUAAGUAUUUUUUUUUUUUUUAAAAAAGAUUUGGGUUCCUCUGAAUCUGGGUUUUCAUAAAAAAAAACUCCAAAAAUGUUAGCAAAGAUGAAAACUUUAGUUGUGGGUAUGCUGAAAUAAAGAUGAUAGAAGAGUUGAAUUACCAAAAAAUCAACCAAUUUUUUGUGGGUUGUUUAGAUUAAGCAGGAAAUUAAAAGGGGUAUUAGAGGAGUUUGUUGAAUGGACAGUUCAUCUGAGCUGUAUUCAAGCAGUAGCUCAAAAUCAAAAGCAAUGGGUGAAGCAAUAAACAUAAAGAGUAGUACAGGAAUUAUGAGUAUGAGCAGCAGUAGUAAUAUUAGUGGUAGUAAUAAUAGUAAUAGUAGACAUCAUAGAAGCAAAGAAAUGGAAAAUCUAUCAUUUGAAAUAAGCAAAUACCCAAGAGAUCUGUUGCAAACAUUUUUGGGUAAUAGUAGUAGUUCAUCAACAAGAGGAAGAGGUGUAAUUAGAUCAGAAGAGGGAAAAAAAGGGGAAGAAGAAGAGGAUGAUGAGGGUUUAAAUCUUGGACUUGGGUUAUCAUUAGGGGGUAUAUUUGGGGUAGAUAAGUCAAAGAACAUGGGGGGGUUGAUAAGGUCAUCCUCAAUAGCUGGGACUAUGCCCUUAUUUAGGGAUAGGGAUAGGGAUAGAGAUGAAGAUACGGCGGUAGCGCCGCGGGGGGCGGCAGUGUCUAACCUUGUUAGAACUUCAUCUUUGCCUGUGGAGAGUGAGGAGGAGUGGAGGAAGAGGAAAGAGAUGCAGACAUUGAGGAGGAUGGAGGCGAAACGACGCCGGUCAGAGAAGCAGAGGGUUUCCAAGGAGACUGGUGGAAAUGGAAAUGGUGCUGAGGAUAAAGGGGUUGAAGGGUUGAAGUUGAGAGCAAGGUUGGAGAGAGAACAACAAUGUUUAGGGAUAACUAAUAAACUUAUUGGUUCUUCAAUGGCCAACUUUUUUGGUUCAUCAAAUUCUAAACCACCCACAAUUACUAAUAAUUUUGAGGUCAAAGGAAGAAGAACUACUUUUGGUAGUUUGCAAGGUUUUUUGAUUGCUCAGGGUCAGGUUCAGGUUCAGGGUCAGGGUCAGGGUCAACUUCAGCAGGGAUCUUCUCAGGGUUCAGGGGAAUCACAAGGGGGUAGCUCUUCUGAGGCUUCUGAGCUUGAGAGUAGAAUCCAUCCAGGAUCAAGCAGCUGUGGUGAACAACGAAGCCCAGCUAGUAACCAAUCCCAACAAGAUCGAGGUAGCCAGGAGUCCAUGGGUCCUUCACGAACUAAAGACGACUCCAUCCAGCGAGCUUGUGGUCCUGAGCCGGAGAGUUCAUCUAAGCAACCUGAGAGUGCAGACAACAAAAGGAAAGAGACAGGAUCAACUGCGAUAGAGGAUAUGCCAUGUGUGUUCACGAUAGGGGAUGGUCCUAACGGUAGGAAAGUGGAAGGGAUCUUAUACAAGUACGGGAAAGGCGAGGGAGUGCGUAUAAUGUGUGUGUGUCAUGGAAACUUCUUCUCCCCUUCCGAGUUUGUCAAGCACGCUGGUGGCAAAGACGUAGAGCACCCUCUUAGACAUAUCGUUGUUAGCCCAUCUGCUUCGCCCUUCUAGUGACCACUAAUGGUAAUCCCUUUCUAUAAACCUGGUAUUACUCCUCUCUAUGAAACCCGGGGAAAUGUAUAAUAUUUGUUAUAAUUUGGAUGUAGAGUUAUUUGCUGGUGGAUACGUAAGUUUCUUGGCCCCCCCUUUUUUUAAAUUUAAAUUUUAUUUUGUUCUUGAGGGACUUUUUUUUGUUACCAGGAAUUCACUUAACUGUGAUGAGAAAUAGUAAAGAGGCAAAUUUUCUUUUGCCUUCUUUUAA